CUGUAAAAAAAUGUUUAUGUUUUAUGAAAAAAAAUAUAGGGUAACAUUCAAAACCGAUAGAAAUUCCUUCGCUGAAACAAUAGUCGAUGAUUGUGAAAACAGUGACAAUAAACCUAUAAUGGCUUCUUGUCCAUAUUGUCAGCAUAGCAUAGAUGCUCUCUUAUUAAAAUCUCGCAUAAGGGUUUCCACUAUAAAAGAUCCCUUCCGAACAAAAUUUGCCGCUGUAACCCCUAAUAAUAUUUAUCGUCAACCAUUAUCAUCUACGCCUCAUCAAAAAUAUUUCACAGAUUGUUUCAACAAUUAUCACAAUCCUAAAUCUAAACCACGGCUUACCAUAAACAAUACAAUCAACUCUACCUGUAACCGAAUCAUUCCGAACUAUGAUAAUAAUACAAAGAAGAUAUCAACACAGUUAAAUUGUUCCGACAUUAAAACAUAUCCAUUUAAUUACACGCCUACUACGUUAGCCAACAAUACACAUAAUCUAGUCAAUUAUUUUAAUAACCAUCACAAGGAAGUAAGUAGUAACGGAUAUAAACUUAAGUCUCAACUCAAAAAAAGUGAUAUUAAUAAUCUAUCCAAAAACUUAGUCACUCCGCUUAGUUAUCAACAAGAUAAACGGAACAAAUUCUCAAACUAUAAAGAUAUAAUUAUAUGCAAAAAACCCAAUUAUAACAAUCCAUCAAAUAAUCACAGUUUAGAUAGUCAUAAUCAUAUAACUAAAUUACGAUUUAUGGAAGAUUCCAGUACCAAUGCUCAAAAUAUAUCACUUCCUGAGGAACAAUACAUUCGAUUUCCUUUCAACCAAGAGAACGGGGGUCCUGGAUCCGAAAACCCUUUCAGUCCUCGGAGGGCCUUAUUUCUCGAGGCUCAACCCAUAGUAGAAGCUUACAAACGGGGUUUUCCUCCGGCACAACCUCCGCCAUCUGUUUGUAUCAACGUAGGAGAUGAUGCCAAUUUGAGUGCCGCCAUUUUAAGCAAUUCUCUUAAACAACUACCCCCUCUUUCUCCGCAGUCUAAGCCCUCUCACAAAGAAAUUACGGGCAAGGAUGAAACGAAAAAACCCGCUAUCACCCCUUCCUCCGCUCACUCAGUUACAUCGCCGUCCGCCAAUACUCAUCCUCUAUCCCAAAGCUCCUCUCCCCGCAAAAAUCAGUCCGUAGUAGGGAACGGAACGGCCGGAAAAAUGGGCGAUUCUUUGAACAAGCGGGUCACGGCCCAAACUAUCAUGGUACCUAGCGGGGAUCCAAAAGCAAUCUCACCAGUUGUUCAAACCGUUUUACUCUCUAAGAAGGGGAAGAUUGUGGUCGAAAAUGGGGAUGGAAUAGGUAAGACCAAAACUAAGAGCAGCGUCGACGGGGCCGAGAAAAGUGAUAAGGUGAAAAAAUGCUGCCUUAUUUUAUAACGGCACCAAGAUAAAUCGAUUUAUUCGCGCGAGGAAAAUAUGUGGCAAAAAAAAUGGGAUGUUAUUCGUUAUUUUGUUUUAAUUAUUAUUUUUAAAGGAUAUAUAUGAAAAAAAUAGCUUAUAAUUUCACAAAAUACUAUGCGCCUAUUUUGUCAACAACUCACCCCUUUUUUUUAAAAAAAACAUAGAUCACCUAUUAAUUGGAGGAGGGUAUCAUUACCUGAAUCAUCAUCAUAAAUAUGAAACCAUCGUUUUGCAUUUCUCUUACUCCACCAAAAAAAUAUUUUUUAAUCUUUCGCUUUUUUUUAAAAUUUAAAUAAAACAAUAUUUUUAAACUAUAUUAUUUAUUUAUUUAUUUCGAAAGCACAUGGAUGAACCCCUUUCAUGUAAAAAAUUUUUUUUUAACGUUCGAUAUCACUUAUCCAAUCCCAUUGAAUUUUGAUUCCUCUAUACUCUACUCGAAAAAAAAAUUGAAGAUUUUCAUAUUUUUUUAAUAUUUUUAUUUAUGUAUUUAAUACAUAAAAUAAACAUUAAAAAAAAUCGAUAUUAUUACUUAUUACAAACAAGAAUAUACAAAAUUUAAAAAAAAUAACCCAUGCCAUAUAACGCAUAAUUAUGACUUUAUUUCAUAUUUUAUUUGUCAUACAAAAAAAUUUUUUUAUGAUUUAUUAUUAUUUAACAAAAAAUGUAUAUGGUUUAAUUUAUUGCAAGAAAAAGGCAGACUUUGUUUCAAUGGUUCUUUGAACUUAUUCUUUGUUUGCUAUUUAAAAAAAGAGCUCAAGCCAUGUCCUGGUUUUUUUUUAUUUUUCAAACUUAUUUUUGUUUAAAUCACUAUUCAGAUUUUAAACUAGAACACACUAUUUCAUCAUAAGUUUAUACUAGAUCUAAAUAGCCUUUUAAAAAAUUAUGUUUAAACUGGCCACAUUUAUUUUUUGGAAAAUUUGAAGCUAAUGAAUUUAAUUAAUCUAAUUUAAAUGUUCUGCUAUUGAUAAACAUUUAUUACCUAUCCCGAUAUCUCAUCAACUUUUCACUUCGUUUUAAAAAUAAAAUUGUAAUUUCUACUUAAAUGCUUUAAUUAUUUCAAAAUUUUUUUUUGAAUUUUUUUUUAUAUAAUUUAAAAGAGAUUAUGAUAGUUAUGGAGCAUAUGUGCAAUCCCCCCCCCUCUCCUUCCAUUUCAUUACCACAAGACAAAGGGAAAGAAUUUAAAGAAUUUUUUUUUAAAAAAGAAAGAUUUUUAGCAAAUAUUUUUUUUUCUUAACGUAUUAUAAAUAAAUAUAGCUUCUAAGAAUCUAAUUUAUGAAUAUAAAUUUAAGCCAUGACUAAAUGCACCCCCUACCCUCCUACAAUUACUAAUAUUAAUUAUAAUAGUAUAACGCUUAUAUAUCCCAGGCCUUACAAAAAUUGAAUUUGCUUCAUAUUUAGCCAUAUUUUUGAUUGUCUACAAAUAGUUUUAUUUUUACUUAAACUUUAACCAUCCCAUAUUACUCCAUUUUUCGUAAUUUUUUGCUAAGCUUAGAAAUAAAUGCCUUAAAACGAAAAUGAGUAACUUCUAGAUACUAUUAUAUAUAUAUAUAUCGCAACUAACUUAUAAAUAACUAUAUUUUCACAAUAUACCAUGUCGAUAUUGUAAAAAAAAUUUUUUUUUAAAAUAUGUCAGUUUAUGAAAUAUUUUAUUUGUGAAUUGAUAUAUUUUUAGAUUAAUAUUUGUCAUUUUUUAAAAAAAUAUAUCAUUU